AUGACGAUCGAUGGCUCCUUGCUAGCCAUUGUCGGAACGGGCUGUGUUGCCAUUGGCCUGUGUUCUCUUCCUACCGCGUCCGACAUCGUGACGCGCCUGGGAAAGCGAGAGCCAAAGCAAGAUUCCUAUGAAGAUGCCGACGGCAAGGCGACGCCCGAGUCGCUGGCGGCCUUCUCGGCCAAGCCGGCAAAGUCUUUCGUCCUCGUCUCUGCGGUAGCCGGAUGCACCAUUUCCCUUGCGCUCGCAUUGUUGGCUACAGGACCAGAAGGGCUGUAUCUGAUCAACUGGCUGAGCACGGGAGCUUGGGCGGCGCUGGUCUUUCAAGCCGUGGCCAUAGCUUCCAGCAGAAAUUUCAUCAAGGCAUACGACCUCGGCAUAUAUAGUUUUCUCUCGUCGGUAGUCCUUGCUAGCCUUCUCCUCAUCGAGGGAACCGAUACUUUUGACGACCUCAUCAAUGGCAGUCCGGCCUUGUUUGCCCUGCGCAUUGUCGAGCUUGCCCUUUCCCUCUGCCUUGCCGUCGCCAGCCUCUCCAUUCCCAGGAGACCCGAUGUUUUCUGGGGCAGAAGACCGGUCGACCGCAUGUUUUCGGUAUCGGCCUUCAACCGCUUCAACUUCGCCUGGGCUUCACAUCUCCUUAUCCUCGCUUCAAAGAAGAAGGAUCUGGACUUGGCCGACUUGAGCCGGCCCUGUCACCUGACUCGGGCCAAUGCCGUAUCUGCUGACUGGAAGAGACACAACUACCAGCACCGUCUGUGGCUAUCUGUGGCGCGGGCCCACUGGAAACCCUUUGCCCUGCAGUGGUUCCUGACUUUUUGUUCAUCGAUUCUGAACUUCGCCCCCCAGUGGGUCAUCUUGCAGCUUCUGAGAAUCCUCGAGGUCAACCGGGUCGGCACCAGCUUCGGAUUCGACGUUUGGAUUUGGGUUGUCUGGCUUGGUGUGGCCAUCACCGCUCAAUCAUGGGUCGAGUCUUGGAUAUAUUGGAUGUCCUGGGCAGACAUUACGCUCCCCAUCCGCGCCCAGCUAUCCGCCCUCAUUUUCGAGAAGGCAAUGCGCAAAAAGGAUGUCAAGGGCACGGGCAGCUCCAAGAAGAAGGGCCGGGCUGCCGAGUCUGUUUAUUCCGCCGUUGAUGGGCCUGCCGGCGAGUCGACAGCUCCGGACCGGCCCGAGACGGACACCGAGACCGGCGAGGAUGAUUCUGAGGAACUCAAAAAGACGAAACAGAGCACCGUAAAUCUGAUUGGUGUCGACGGAAAGCGAGUGGGAGACUUCUGCUCCUAUCAGAAUAUGUUUCCCGGCAGCAUUUUUAAGCUCAUAGUAUCUCUCUGGUUCCUGGUCAGUCUUUUGGGAUGGAUUCCGCUUCUAUCGGGCCUGUCUGCAAUGGCUGCCAUCAUGCCAUUCAACAUCUACUUCUCCAAGAAGUACGCCGCCGCACAGGACCGUCUGAUGAAGGUCAGGGACGAGAAGAUGGAGAUUGUCACGGAAGCGCUUCAGGGAAUCCGUCAGAUCAAGUUCUCGGCCCUUGAGCCCGAGUGGGAGAGAAAGAUUGGAACCGUCCGAGAAAGAGAGCUCGGUGCCAUCUGGGACGUGUUCAUGGGCGACACUGCACUGCUAGCAUGCUGGGUUACAAGCCCGAUAUUGCUGUCGGCUAUUUCCCUGGCUGUCUACGCUAUCGUGAAUGGGACGCUCACGCCCUCGGUGGCCUUUGUGAGUCUUGGUGUUUUCAAGGCUCUCGAAGUCACCUUGUCAGUCGUGCCCGAACUCACCACAGAUGCGCUGGACGCCUGGGUUUCGAUCAAGCGAAUCGAGGAAUACCUCGACUCCCCAGAAGUUUCAAUAUCUUCGCGGGUCUCUGACGAAGUCUCGUUUGACAAUGCCUCUGUAGCCUGGCCGUCGGACGACAAGGUUGACGAGGAGGAGCGGUUCGUCCUUCGAAGUAUCAGCGUCACCUUCCCGAAAGGAGAGUUGUCGGUAAUAUCAGGCAAAACUGGAACAGGAAAGAGCCUGAUGUUGGCCGCUAUCCUCGGAGAGGUAGACGUGUUGGGAGGCACUCUCUACGUCCCGCGGGCUCCUUCACUAGCUGAACGCCAUGACGACAAAGCAAACAAAGCCAAUUGGAUCAUCCCAGAAGCUAUCGCAUACGUGGCGCAGAUACCGUGGAUUGAAAAUGCUAGCAUAAAGGACAACAUUACCUUUGGGCUGCCGUACGACGAAGAGCGCUACGCAAAGACUGUCGAGGUCUGUGCCCUAAAAAAGGACCUCGAGAUGCUUACGGAUGGCGAGCGAACAGAGAUUGGGGCAAACGGUAUCAACCUCAGUGGUGGCCAGAAGUGGAGAGUGACGCUAGCCCGAGCCAUAUACUCCCGAGCCGGCGUUCUUGUCCUGGACGACAUCUUCAGCGCCGUUGAUGCACAUGUGGGACGUCACAUCUUUGAGAAGUGUUUGAACGGCGAGUUGGCCGAAGGCAGGACGAGAAUUCUGGUGACCCAUCAUGUCGCUCUCUGCGAGCCCAAGACCAAGUAUCUCGUUGAGCUCGGUGAUGGCGGCGUCUUGCACGCUGGGCUUCUCUCGGAGCUACGCGACGAAGGCGCUCUCGCACGGAUCAAGAGCCACGAGCAGACAGCUCAGGAAGUCGAAGCUGACGAGUCGGCCACAGCUGUAAAUUCUGACGAGUCGACCAAUGGAGAAGGCGAGCAAGGCGAUGCCGAUGGUGGCGCCUUGAAGAAGGUCUCAUCCAAGACUGCUGCACGCAAGUUUGUCGAGGACGAAGUCCGUGAGCAGGGGGCUGUUCGGAAGCACAUUUAUCUCACUUACCUGAAAGACAGUGGUGGAUGGGCUUUCUGGUCAUUCGCCUUUGCCAUCUUCACUUGCGUGCAGGUAUUUUCUAUUAGCCGGUCUUGGUGGCUUAAGAUUUGGACGGGCAGCUCUAUGGAAGAAGCACUUGGCAUCCAGCAACACAUGUUGAACACUUCGACAGCCCAUGGCUUCUCCUACGCUGUGGGACUUCAGCAAACUUCAAUACACUCUCUGUCGGCUCCCACGGUUAAAACCCAGAGCAGCGACCUCUCGUAUUACCUUAGCAUCUACGUUGGCCUUGCCGUUGUGUCGUCGGUCAUUGGAACACUGAAGUUUCUGUACAUCUACACAGGCUCCAUUCGUGCAAGCCGCAAGCUCUUUGCCAAGCUGAACUUCACCAUUCUCCGGACCCCUAUUCGAUGGCUCGAUACGGUUCCCGUCGGCCGAAUGCUGAACCGGUUUACGGCUGAUUUCAGCAUCAUUGACUCCCACCUAGCAAACCAGCUGAGUUUCGGAUUCAACGCUUUUCUGAAUCUCAUAGGGGUUAUUGUGGCGAGCCUUUUUGUCUCCCCCUACAUUGUUCUCUUGGCUGCCGUUCUUCUCCUCAUAUGUCUGUACUACGCCAUGCGCUAUCUCAGCAUCGCCCGACCUGUGAAGCGGCUAGAAAGCACGAGCAAGUCGCCUGUCUUCGAGCAGUUUGGCUCCGCACUUUCAGGUGUCGCCACCAUCCGCGGCUUCAACAAGGCCGAGGUCUAUAUUGACCGGAUGCAUCAGAAGCUUGACGACUACACAACUACAACGUGGCACCUGUGGAUCUUCAAUAGAUGGAUGGGCUGGCGAAUGGCACUUGUUGGGUCGCUAUUCGCCGUUUUUGUCGCAAUCCUUGUCCUUCUGACUCCUGGGAUCGACGCGGCUCUCGCUGGCUUUGCUCUUGCCUUCGCACUCGAGUUCUCCGGUGCCGUCAUCUGGACCAUUCGCUUCUACUCGAACAUUGAGCUCAGCAUGAAUGCGGCAGAGCGGAUUAUAGAGUACACCGAAGUCCCAACUGAGGCACUUGAUGGCAAGAAACCUCCAGCCGCUUGGCCAACAGAGGGCCGUAUCGAGGUUGAGGAUCUCGUGGUUGGAUAUGCCUCUGACCUCCCCCCUGUUCUAAAAGGCCUAACCUUCAACAUAAAUCGCACUGAAAGGGUUGGGGUUGUCGGCCGCACCGGUGCCGGCAAGUCAUCGCUGACUCUGGCUCUUUUCCGUUUCCUCGAAGCCCGGUCAGGUAGUAUCCAUGUUGACGGCAUCGACAUUUCUAAAAUAGAUCUACAUGAUCUUCGAUCACGCUUGGCCAUCAUUCCACAGGAUCCGGUCCUUUUCUCCGGCACCAUCCGCAGCAAUCUCGAUCCUUUUGACCAUCACACCGACGCAGAGCUUCGCGACUGCCUGGAACGGGUGCAUCUUAUCAACAACUCGGCCGGGCCCUCGGGCGCCGCCACCCCCACUGCUGGUCGUCCAUCGUCACCCGCAUCCGCCAUCGGCAUCAAGAACACCAACAUCUUCCACAACCUAGACUCGAAAAUCUCGGAAGGCGGCCUCAGCCUAUCCCAGGGGCAGCGUCAACUGCUCUGCCUCGCGCGCGCCAUCGUCAGCCGGCCCCGCGUCAUGGUGCUCGACGAAGCGACAUCGGCCGUUGACAUGCAUACCGACGUGCUUAUUCAGCGCAGCAUCCGCGAAGAAUUCACGGAUGCGACACUCAUUGUAAUCGCCCACCGCCUGAGCACCAUCGCCGAUUUCGACCGCAUCCUGGUGCUGAGUGACGGCCACGUUGCCGAAUUCGGCACGCCCAGGGAGCUGUGGGACAAGGUGGGCGAGGACGGAGAAAGGGGCAUCUUCAGGGGCAUGUGCGAGGAGAGCGGUGAAAAGGACAAGCUGAGGUCUAUUGUGCUUGGACAAGCCGAGUGA